GUUGUGAUAAACUUAUUAAAUAGAUGGAAAAUAUUCAACACAAGCGCAAACUGGACGAAAAUUGCAAUGUAGAGGACGAUGAUUCAUCGCAAAAGAAAGUUCUUAGCCAAGAAUUGCCGUCUACUUAUCAAACGAAUGAGUCUAACGAAGAUGAAGGAGAACAACAGGAAAGUUUCAGAGCAACUCUUUAUCCAAUAAUGCCCACUCUGAAAAAAAUUGAGCUCACCUCUUUUUCGGACCAAAAAGUUACAAUAGGAAGAGCAGCUUUUCAUCGAGAAAAAGUUCAGCCGUUUCCUCAAAGCCAUUUAUUGUACAUAUCAGAGAAGCAUUGCGUGGUCGAAAAGAAUCCUUUCAUUCCCCAGGACUUCAUUAUCCAAGAUUGUAGCCGAAAUGGAGUUUUCCUGAACGGCAAAAGAAUGCAGAGAGGGAGCCGAUCAACGCUAGAGAAUUGCACAGAAAUUGCAUUGGGCAAGGAGGAGAACAAAACAUACUGCUUCAUAAACCAGAAAAAUGUGUUGAAAGAUGACGUGGUGUCUAAUCUGUAUGUUCGGGGACCUCACCUGGGCAGUGGUGCUCUUGGAAUUGUGUACAGGUGCUUCAGAUCAUCUGACGGGUAUCCACUAGCUAUGAAGAUCAUCAAAAAACUAGAUUUGUCGCAUGUGAAUCCUAAUGAAUCAGCACGACAGGGACCGAACUUGAUCGACCGAGAGAUCAAGAUUCUGCAGAAAUUGUCAAAGUUGGACCAUCCGAAUAUUGUGAAACUACUGGACGUAUUUGACAGACCAAAUGAAGUGAUGCUUGUGAUGGAAUUGUGUUGCGAAGACAUGCUAGCUUACCUCAGAGCUAGAAUGUGGUCAUACACAGAGAGUGAGGCUAAAGUGUGCAUGAAACAAGUGCUAGUGGCGCUCAACUUCCUUCAUUCGAACAAAAUUGUUCACAGGGAUUUGAAGCUGGAGAAUAUUCUCGUGUUUUCAACUACUCCAGAGUUCUGCGUGAAGCUGGCUGAUUUUGGACUCUCUCGUACAGCUGAUUUGAGCCAGCCGAAGACCAUCUGUGGAACGGAGUACUACCUGGCACCCGAAAUCAUCUGGGCCUCGCAGCGCAAGGAGAGCUACACAGAGAAGGUUGACUGCUGGUCGGCAGGUGUUGUGAUGUAUCUGCUACUAGUGAAAGCUUAUCCCUUCAUAGAUAGCGAACGGGAAGGCAAAACUCUAUUUGACAAGAUCCUCACACAGAAGGUCACCUUUUCGCAUAGUUCUCACAAAGUGUCAAUUGAGGCGCAGAGCUUAGUUGCAAACCUGUUGCGGAAAAAUUACGAGAAACGGUUCGAUGCGAAUCGUGCUUUGCAGCACCAGUGGUUCGAUGAGUCAUCCAGUUCAGCUAGCGAUGAAAGCUUGACUAGUGCAACUGAAGACAGCGUCUCGGUGACUACACGGAACUAAACUUCUUCUUUUUGGAGAAAGAUGAGAAACUGUUAAAGAAAAACUCUUAGCUUACUAUAAUUUGUGCAAUCAAUCCAUUCAUUUCAAUCAGUCGUGGCUCUUAUGGAUGCGACCAAUUUUGUUUUUUUUCCUGUCCGCCAAAUAUAGUGUGCUAUUUUCUGCAGAAAGUAUUACAUAACUUCAUUGUAUAUUUGCUCUUGUUUUUGAAAUUUUCAAUGAAUGUAGUGAAGGCACAAAUAGGUCGUGUAGAUUUUCGUGAGGCAAAAAUUAGUCGCAAGCAACGUUUACUCCCAAGCGACGAUUCGUAAUAAUUGUGAAAUGCGACAUUUCGCGCCAAGCGUCAAUUCGUAGUAAGCGACAAUUAGCAGUACUGCUUGAAUUAGAGAAUAGCUGCUUGAGAAAAUGCCGUCAUUGUAGCAAAAUUUAAAAAAGCCAGUUCAUAUUAGUUGAAUUGCUAAAAUUUUAUAGCAACCAUAACAUUCUCAAGCAACUUGAGGGCCUCUCGUUCGAUUUUGAUUUUUAGUUUCUUUACUGAUACGAAUGGUCGCUUGUGACGACUUGCCGCUUGUGAGGAAUUACCGCCAUGUCGUAGAUUUUUUCUUUUUGUUUAUGUAGACGCCUGAAACUUGGAUCACGAUCAAAUUUGAUUUUUCGUGGUUUGAAUUCUGACUAUCUAGGUUCAAAACAAAUCAGUUGCGCAACGGAAAAAAUUUCGCUCUCCAAUAACAAAAGCUCAAAUGGCGCGCGAUUUGUAUAUGCUGUUUAAUUUCAACAGCUGUUUUUAAAUUUCAGAAUUCCAGCUGAAUAUAAAUAUCAUCUAAUGGUCCAGUUUUCUCAAAUAUUUUUAGUUCUAUUAAAAAAAUUCAAAUCUUGAUUUUUUUCAUGAAAUUUUGAAGUACAGCGUGAUGAUUUUUGCCGUGAGAUUAUUUUGAAUUCUACUCGUAUUUUAUAUCUAUAAAUCAAAUUUAUCAGUACAUUCAUUGCCGAGCUUGACAAACCUUUUCUAAGUGAUAUAUGACUCUGUGAUAAAAAUUUGAGAUAAGAUCUGUCAUAUUAUCUCUACUUUGCUUGAAAAUUUUGUUAUCACAGCGCUGUUGCUUAGUCUAUCUAAACGGUUUGGGCAUUGAUUUGAAAGCUAUUUGUAUCUUUUUUGUAACUUGCUUUGAUACUUAUUUUUAUGGAGAAAUUUAUUUCUUUGAAGUG